ACAGUCUGGGGAUCAUGAAUAACUCAAGAAUAUCUACUGUGACUCAGUUUGUCUUAUUGGGCUUUCCUGGCCCCUGGAAAAUGCAGAUCAUCCUUUUCUCAAUGAUUUUCUUGGUGUAUGUUUUGACUCUGACUGGGAAUCUGGCCAUCAUUUGUGCAGUGAGGUGGGACCACCGAAUCCACACACCUAUGUACAUGCUCCUGGCCAACUUCUCCUUCCUAGAGAUCUGGUAUGUGACCUGCACAGUUCCCAAUAUGCUGGUCAAUUUCCUGUCCAAAACUAAGACAAUAUCCUUCUCUGGCUGCUUCGCUCAGUUCUACUUCUUCUUCUCCCUGGGCACAACUGAGUGCUUCUUCCUCUGUGUCAUGGCUUAUGAUCGGUACCUGGCCAUCUGUCGUCCACUUCAUUAUCCCUCCAUCAUGACUGGCCAUCUCUGUGGCCUUUUGGUGUCUCUUUGUUGGAUCAUUGGUUUCCUUGGACACUCUGUUACCAUUUUCAUUAUUUCUCAACUGCCCUUUUGUGGUCCCAACAUCAUUGACCAUUUUCUCUGUGAUGUGGACCCACUUAUAGCAUUGUCCUGUGCCCCCACAGCCACCAUAGAGCAUGCAUUCCAUUCUAUGAGCUCUCUUAUCAUCAUUCUCACUGUUUUGUACAUCCUUGGGUCCUAUACUCUUGUGCUUAGAGCUGUACUUCAGGUUCCUUCUUCAGCUGGACGUCAAAAGGCCUUCUCCACCUGUGGAUCCCACUUGGUUGUGGUGUCUCUAUUCUAUGGAACUAUAAUGGUGAUGUAUGUGAGUCCCACUUCUGGUAACUCAGUUACUAUGCACAAGAUCAUCACUCUGAUUUACUCAGUGAUAACACCAGUCUUAAACCCUCUCAUCUACAGCCUUCGCAAUAAGGAUAUGCAAUAUGCCCUUCAUCAUGUCUUUUGUAGAAUACGGAUUAUCUGGAGCUUAUGA